AUGCUUGUCAUUCGUCAACAAGAUGUUCUUCAAGUUAUAGUGACUAAGACGUUUUCAAAGACUGACCAGAACUAUUCUUUACUUCUUCAAACUUUAUCCAUUCAAAAUGGAGUCUCUGCUUUGAGAAUAAGACUUGGAGUUAAAGGUGAAAGGUACUUACAUGGGACUGUUUCCGAUUUUGAAAUGUUUAAUUGUUUGUCACUUAUUAAAGCAAUAGUCACCGACUCUCCCCUUUGCAGAAAUGAAUUCAAAGAGCCUCAUUUAGUGAGCACUUUACAAAAAAUUGUGUUCUUAUCUAGUUUCAACAAUAUAUCACCAAAGCAAAAAGUCCAGCUCAAAGCUAUAGAAGUUGUUUAUUAUCUUUCCGACUUAGACGUCUCAAACCCUUACACCGUGUUGUGCGAGAACAUUAAAAGGAAUAUUUUGAAAUGCAAAGAGAAGUCGAGAAAACUCAUUGAAAAUACUAUAGAAGGCUCCUAUGACUUCUGUCAAACUGAAAACUGUAUUGGAGAAAAAUUUAAUAUUGUCAACGACAAUAACAAACACUGGCCGUUAUCAGAUCUCCACUUCGGAUUCAAUCGAGUGCAAAACAGCUAUGAAAAACUGGUGGAUUUCUAG